ACCCGCAAAAACAGAAGAAGAAGUGUUUUAAAGAUGGCGCUACCCGGUGUUUUACUCGUGAGACUGAACGGGCUUUGCAAACUGUCCCAGUUUGUUCAUGCUGGGAGAAAAACAGCAUUUAACUGUGGCGGAGAAAUGCGAUGGUAUGGAACAAAGGCACAGAAGUUUCUCGAGCACAGUGCUCCCUGUUUCCACAGUAAACGAGGUAAAGGUAAUUCAAACCUCCAGAAAGAGUUUCCAGACCCCAAAAGCCUCCUAAACAACACUAUAUCCCGGUCGUUAGGAGUGAAUGACCUUUCUCAGCUCAUCCAGUACAGCUGUACAGAACAUGAUGGUCUCAAGAAAGCCACUGUGACAAUUCAGUGGCCCAGCAAGAUUACAGCAGAGGGUUAUGCAUCCAGGAAGAUUGAUGCAGAGCGGUUUGCUGCUGCUGCAGCCUGUCUCAGACUUAGGGAAUUGGGUGUGAUCGGUCCGAACAAUCAGCUCCCUAAAAGGAGAGCAGGUCGGGUGAGAGGAGGACUACAUUCCCAUCUCUAUGACAAUGAAGAGAACCACCGGACAACUAAUGUUUCCGUCCCCAGAGGAGAGGAAUUUUCCUCUCCUAUGGAGGAUGCUUCUGUUGUGUCUGAAGCCCUUUCUCUCUUUCCACAACCUAAAUCUCUUCUGACCAGGGUGAUCCAGGUGGCCACUUCAGCCAACAGAAUCAGAGAGUUGAUGCAUUUCAGAACAGCAGGAGGGAAACUUAAAAAAUGUGAGCUGACUCUGCUUUGGCCGGAGGAGAUGAAGUUCAGAGCGACGGCGAGCAGCCGAGUCAUGGCAGAGAGAGGAGCUGCAGCGCUUGCCUGCAUGAAGCUGAAGGAGCUUGAGCUUUUGGAUAAAGACAAUAACCCCCUCACUCAUGCAAAGUACCACCGAGACAAAGUAAAGGAGGCUGGAGAGAGAGAGAGGCGUCCAUUCCUUCUGGAGAUUCCACAAUAUCUGGAGCAACACAUCAGGGAUUAUCUAACACAGUACCCAGUUGCCACAGAAAUACAGAAGCUAUGGGAGGAAGACGAGGCGAGAGGACAACAGACAAUGAAUGAGGAGGAAGGAGAAGAGGUCUUCAUAGCGGACGCCAUCACUGGCAAGCCUUACAAGCCCCUGUCAGAGCAUCAGGCUCGGUGGCUCAGCUGCCACCUGCAGGAGGAAUGGGAAAAGGCAAACCCUGGACUGAGUGUGGAGCUGCCUGUCGACGCCCACCAGCAGCGCGUGGUCUCGGCCGUGCGCUCCUCCAGGGUGGUUGUGAUCGCCGGCGAGACUGGGUGUGGCAAGACCACACGGAUCCCACGCUUUCUGCUGGAAGAACAAGUGAGAAGGGGGGAGGGAGCAGAGUGCAACGUCCUGGUGACUCAGCCUCGUCGGAUCAGUGCCGUGUCGGUAGCUCAUCGCGUGGCUCAUGAGAUGGGUCCACAUCUUAAACACCACAUUGGAUAUCAGGUGAGACUUGAGAGCCGACCUCCUGAAAACAGCGGAGGGUCUAUGCUCUUCCUCACAGUGGGUGUGCUGCUGAAGAAGCUGCAGUCAAACCCCUCCCUGAAAGGAAUCAGUCAUGUUGUUGUGGACGAGGUCCACGAGAGGGAUGUGAACACGGACCUGUUGCUGGCAUUGCUGCGCUCCAGCUUAAAAGAGAACCCUGACCUCCGGGUUGUUCUUAUGAGCGCCACCGGGGACAACCAGAGGCUGGCAGAGUACUUUGGAGGCUGCCCUGUCAUAAAGGUGCCAGGGUUCAUGCACCCAGUGAAGGACAGAUACCUUGAGGAUGUGAUGAGGGAGAUGGGACGCUCUGCUCAAAUCCAGAGACGGGUGAAUGCAAAUGAGGGGUUGGAAGAGGCCUCCCCAGAUCUUGACUUAGUAGCUGACGUCAUUGAGCACAUCGACAGACAUGGAGAGCCAGGUGCGGUUUUGUGUUUCCUACCUGGUUGGCAGGACAUCAAAGGAGUUCAACAAAAACUGGAGGAAAAAACACGUUUUUCAUCAGGCAAUCACAUGAUUGUGCCAUUGCACUCAAGCUUAUCAGUAGCUGACCAGCAACUAGUUUUCCAGAAGCCCAAAGCUGGUCAAAGGAAGAUCGUGCUUACCACUAACAUAGCCGAGACCUCCAUUACAAUAGAUGAUAUAGUUCAUGUGGUGGAUACAGGAACUCACAAGGAGCAGAAUUAUGACCAGCGGACAAAGGUUUCCUGUCUGGACACAGUGUGGAUAUCUCAUUCUAAUGUAACUCAAAGAAAAGGAAGAGCAGGACGUUGCCAACCGGGGCAGUCGUAUCACCUGUUCCCAAGGAAACAGCUGGAAAGCAUGACACUCUUUCCUGUUCCUGAAAUCCUGCGUACACCUCUGGAAAGUUUAGUAUUGCAGGCUAAAAUCCACAGUCCGAACUGCAAGGCUGUAGACUUCCUGUCUCAAGUCUUGGACAGUCCAGAGCCACAAGCUGUAAGAGAUGCAGUCAAGAACCUCCAGGAUAUCGGAGUCCUAGACCGGACAGAAACCCUGACUCCUUUAGGAGAGCGUGUGGCCUGUAUGUCAUGUGACCCACGACUCGGCAAAGUCCUGGUUCUGAGUGCCCUGUUUAGAUGUGUUCUGCCUAUGUUGUCGGUUGCUGCAUGUCUAACCAGAGACCCAUUCCACAACAGCCUUCAAAACAGAGCACUUGUAAAUAAGGUCAAAGAUGACCUGUGCAGCUCCAGCUAUAGUGACUAUCUCGUGUUCAGCCGAGCGGUUCUGGGCUGGAGAAAAGUCCAACUCGAGGGAGACAGAGAAGACAGAGAUGAAUAUUUGCAGAAAUACGUUUUGUCUAAAGGCUCUCUCCGAUUUAUCAAUGGUUUGUCUGAUUCACACUUAUUGAGGUUGGUGUUCUUCUGCAUUUUUGAAUGGAGUGUCCUUUUGCUAACACAGUUCCCUGUCUUGAUUUAUUCCAUGGUAGGUCUUAUCUCCCAGUUCAGCGACAACCUGCAGGAAGCAGAGUUGGUUUCUCGUGCUAGUGAGUGCCAGCGUCAUACAUCGCUCUACAAUGAGCACAGCGGCCAGGAUGAGCUGCUUAAGGCGGUACUGCUGGCUGGAUUGUACCCCAACCUUAUCCAGGUAAAGAAAGGUGUUAUUACCAAAGGGGGGCGCUUUCGCCCCAAUAAUCUGGCUCUCCGCACAGUCAGUGGUCCGGUGCUGCUUCAUCGCUCUUCAGUGAACAGAGGAAAAGAGGAUCUCCCCAGUCGUUGGCUGACCUUUUACAGUGCGGUCAAGUCUAACGGGAAUGUUUUCAUCAGGGACUCGUCUGUGGUUCACCCCCUUGCCCUGCUGCUGCUCACAGACUGUGACAUUUCAGAGACAGUUAAUAACAACAAGGUGGAAGUAUCUUUUCCUGGCCGCUCUCUGGUUCGCUGCCAAGUGCCAAUUGAGACAUGGGAGCUGCUCUGGGAGCUACGUACUUCCAUUCAGGCUAUGCUGCACCGAAACUUCAACAAUCCCAGCAACGCUAUCAUUUCUCAAGACGGACGCCUCAUAUCUUUACUUGUAGAGCUGCUCAACAACACCGAGUCGAAUCCGUUUGUUGAGAUUUCCUACACAGAAAGUGAGGUAGAUUAAAUAAAUGAUUUUCUGCAUCUGAACUUUGACAUAUUCACAUAUUGAAGCAUGUUUUUAAAAGCACUUUAAGAUGAUAUUCCGAACAGGUUGAGAAUGUUCUCGAUUUGAAAUCUUCAGUGGAGUUAUGAAGCUGCUUCUUAUUUAUAAAUGAACUCAAUCAUUAGAUUAUGUUUGAAAAAUCCAGCCUAUGGGUUUUUGAACUUUGUUUUUUUCUAAAUGUUUCAUUGCUUUCUGAAAAGCAGAGAUUGGUUUUACUCUAAUGAGUAAAGACAGAGGUCAUUAAAAUAAUUGUAAGUACUAUGUUUAUUAAAAACAUGG